AUGAUCACAUUUAAAGAUUAUUUAGUGUGGUACAACAACCUUGAUGUGGAACCAUUUGUCAAGGCAAUUGAAAAAAUGUUUGAGUUUUAUCAACCGCGAAGUUUAGAUCUUUUUAAAGAUGGAAUUUCUGUUCCAGGGUUAGUAAUGAAAAAUUUUUUCUGUCCUAGAUCAAAAUACAUUUUUCAGUUUGUUUCAAGAAAGAGAUAAGGAUUUGUACUACACGUUCAAAGAUAACAAUGUAGGUGGUCCAUCUAUCAUAUUUCAUAGGUAUCAUGAAAUAGACAAAACUCUUAUCCGCGGUGGGAAAUUAUGCAAACAAAUUUGGGGGGCCGAUGCGAAUGCCUUAGACCUCUGGGCUUUGUCACAACCAAUGCCAACCGGAUACUAUGUUAGAUGGAAAAAGGAAAACAACUUCAAAAAGGAAGAAUAUUUUAACAAAAUUAGUAUUGAAUGGCUUGAUUAUAUUACCUAUCAUGAUGAAGUAGAUACAAAACAUGAACACAAUCACGGCAAGAAGCGUAUAGGACGUUUUGUAGUCGACGGUUUAGAUUCGUCAACUAAUACAAUUUAUGAAUUAAACAGUUGUUAUUUUCAUGGACAUAAUUGCGAACUAAACCCUCAUGAAUUUAAUGAAAAAAUGCAAUUUACUGAUGAGCAAACUUUAUUGCCGAACUCUUGA